AUGGACUCGGAGACUUCGAACGCCGAGCGUACGGUUCGAUACCUGUACGAGGAAAAACAGAAACAAAUUGAACGUGGUGAGACCGAUAAAAAAAUGUCGUGCCGGUGGUUUCUUGAUCGAUCGUUUUACUGCGUCACGCCUGGGAAUCAGAUAGAGCAUUUCUAUCGAUAUGGACAAGUAGAUGAGUGCAAAUUUACAUGGAAGAACAUGUACUUAUGUUAUCGGUCGACUUUGAUGGACGAGAAGAAACGUCAGGACUUUCUCAAGGACACGCCCUUAGACUCGUCCAAGUGUCCGCACAUCACGGAUGUGUGGGAGACGAAGGAAGUACCUGGCUGGUAG